GUCUUUUCAUGUCGAAGACACGGGUUCGAUUCCCGUAAGGGAUAGGUACUCAUUCCCGGCCGCUUUCAGUUAGUGUUCAUUGCUGAGUGAUCGCUCGCUAUCUGGCUGGAAAAGGUGGUCCGGAAGCUUCCUCUCUCCCAGCAAGCAAGAUGAGAUCACCAAUAGUGCACCGAAAUGGCGCCGGAGAGCCGGUAACCUCGUUCGCCUAAGAUCGAAUCAUCUGUGAUUGAGACUACAAACUCUGUAAGGCUAGCUAUAUGCUUAACACAUGCAUUUCGAAAGGUCUGAGACCAGAGUCUAUCUGGGUGAUGACUUCGGAAGAUUCACUUUUUUAAGGGAUAAAUUGUCUGUUACCUUUCUGUAUCUACUCAAUUAGACUCAGACAGAAUAAAGAGUCACUUCGUCCCUCUCCCUUCGGUAAAGACUUAGUAAGCACAAAAGAGAGAAGAAAGGGAUCUAAGACAGAAGCCUACAAGGAAAAGUCCCAAACAAAUAGGUGCCAAAGCAAGACUAGAGGAAGACUCUUUCACUGUAUGAAUGAUUGCCUCAACGCAACUCAAGAGGGGAAGAGAGGUUGAAAGCUUGAAACAAAGAAAGGGAAAUGAUAGUUUAAGAUUUACCGUAGGAGAUAUUUCAUUCUUAGUGUCAGGGAAUUUACUUCCAUCCGAUUAAAAGAAAGGCUUUAAGGAGUCACUUUCAUACAAUCUUAAUUUGGAGAGUUUUCUUCUACACGGAAACGAAGAUCUUCGAGAACUAAUAUUAGACCGGGAAUAAAAAAGGGAAAAAAAGUAAAGUCUAAGCGCAUAUGGCACGAAAAGGAAAUCCGAUUUCGGUAAGACUUGAUCUGAAUCGUAGUUCAGAUUCAAGUUGGUUCAGUGAUUAUUAUUAUGGUAAAUCAGUGUAUCAAGAUGUCAAUCUUAGAUCUUAUUUCGGUUCGAUACGUCCACCUACUAGACUCACCUUUGGCUUUCGUCUCGGUAGGUGUAUUAUUCUACACUUUCCCAAAAGAACAUUCAUUCAUUUCUUUCUUCCCCGUCGACCACGACGACAGAAACGACGCGAAAAAUCCAGACCCGGAAAGGGGAAGGGCCAGUGGUGGGCAUUUGGUAAAGUCGGGCCGAUCGGGUGUCUUCAUUCAAGCGACGGUACAGAAGAAGAACGAAACGAAGUGAGAGGCCGGGGGGCAGGGAAAAGAGUCGAGUCGAUCAGGCUCGACGACCGGGAGAAGCAAAACGAAAUCAGGAUUUGGCCGAAAAAGAAGCAACGCUAUGGAUACCAUGACCGAUCACCAUCGAUAAAGAAGAAUCUUUCUAAAUCACUUCGGGUCAGCGGGGCCUUCAAGCAUCCGAAAUAUGCCGGGCUUGUAAAUGACAUAGCCCUCCUAAAUGACGGCUCCUUCAGAAAAACGAAGUUAUUCAAGUUCUUUUUCUCAAAGAAGUCCCCCUCCGACAGCCCGACGAGUCAUCCGCUUAAAAGGACCCUCCCUGCGGUGCGCCCUUCCUUGAAUUAUUCGGUCAUGCAAUACUUAUUGAAGACAAAGAACCAAAUGCAUUUCGACCCCGUCGUAGUUCUCAAUCAUUUCGUGGAACCGGGCGUGGUUGAACCAUCUACCAUGGGGGGAGCUAAUGCACGGGGAAGAAGCUUAGAUAAGAGAAUACGUUUCGCUUUUUUUGUCGAAAGCUCGACCAGCGAGAAAAAGUUUUUGGCCGAAGACAAAAAGUUGACCCACUUCAUUCGCUGGUCGAAUCAUCCUCGCUUCGCGGGAACAACAAAAACCACCAUCUCGCUCUUUCCUUUCUUCGGUGCUACCUUUUUCUUUCCAAGGGACGGGGUUGGGGUGUAUAAGAACGAGUAUGCCCGGAAACAACUUGAGCAUGCCCGGAAACAGCUUGAGUAUGCCCGGGAACAACUCCUAAGAAAAUUCAGGAAAAAAUGUUGGAACCUCAUGUGUAAGGAUAAGGUAAUGGGAUUGAUAGAUAAAUUCAUCGACCUAGGUGGGAUAGGAGAAUUGAUAAAGGGAAUAGAGAUGAUGAUAGAGAUCAUACUGAGAAACAGAAGAAUUCCGUACGGAUACAACUUUUAUUUGAACGAAGUGAAAAAAAUGCGAUCUUUGUUGUCUAAUAGAACAAAGACUAAUACCUUAAUUGAGUCGGUCAAGAUCAAAUCUGUUUAUCAAAGUGCUUCUCCGAUUGCUCAAGAUAUCUCUUUUCAACCGAGGAACAAAACAAGAUCAUUUCGCUCCAUUUUUAGUCAAAUAGUGAAGGAUAUUCGAUUAGUAAUGAAAAAAGGGGUGGAGGGGAUCCGUAUAUGUUGUUCAGGUCGAUUAGAAGGUGCAGAAAUAGCUAGAACUGAAUGCGGAAAGUAUGGAAAAACAUCUAGUAAUGUAUUUAACCAGAAAAUAGAUUAUGCUCCUGCGGAAGUAUCUACUCGUUACGGAAUCUCAGGUGUCAAAGUGUGGAUUUCAUAUAGUCAAAAAGAAAGGGGACGUGCUAUAUCCGAAACGUACGAAAUAUAGUCAAUAUCGUAAAGGCGGAUGUAGUAGGGGUUGCAAACCGGACGGUACACGACUUGGUUUUGGAAGAU